AUGCAAAAGGGAUGGGGUGAUUUCAACUGCAUCCCGGAGGGGACGAGAAUUGUGAGUAAUCAACCUUAUGAUGAAUCCUUAGAAGUUCCUGACGCUGAAGAAGUUGCAUCACUCUACACUCCAAGCCCUCGGCAGCCAGGCGCACUGCCAGGUCAGAAUAGAGGCAUCUCACCAGCCAUGACAGAACAGAGCGAUGACUUUGAGACUGGCCCAAUGGAGAACAAGUCGCCUGAUGAUGAUAUAGGAGAGAAUACAAAUAUGGAGCCCAUUUCCCAAGCGCAGCAGCCAAUAGCUUUACAAAGACCCGAAGCUUCUGAUGAUGAUGAAGAUGAUGAUGAUGAUGAUGACGACGACGACGAUGAUGAUGACUCAGGAUCAAGUGAUGAUGAUGAGGAUGAAGAGGACAAUGCAGGGUCUAGAUUAGAAGGUGCAUACGAUCCCGCUGAAUAUGAGAACCUAGCCGUUACAUCAGAGAUCAAGGAGUUAUUUCAGUAUAUUACCAGAUAUACACCACAGACUAUUGAAUUGGAUCAUAAACUCAAGCCAUUCAUUCCAGAUUACAUCCCAGCUGUGGGUGAUAUUGAUGCCUUUAUCAAGAUCCCAAGACCUGAUGGUGAAGAAGAAUCUCUAGGUCUUACUGUUCUGGAUGAACCCUGUGCCAAACAGUCUGAUCCCACAGUACUAGAUCUUCAGCUUAGAGCUAUCUCUAAACAAACUACUAGCAAAGCUAUGCAGGUCCGUAGUAUCCAGGAAGCAAGCAAGAACCCAAAGCUAAUCAACAACUGGAUGGAGAGCAUUAGUGAUUUACACAGGUCUAAACCACCACCAACUGUGCAUUAUACAAAGACCAUGCCAGAGAUUGAUGACUUGAUGCAGGAGUGGCCUGCUGACUUUGAGGAACUCUUAAAGACUGUUGGGUUACCUACUGCUGAUAUUGAUUGUGAUCUGAGUCAGUAUGUUGACAUGAUCUGUUCCAUCCUAGAUAUCCCUGUCUAUCAAAGCAGGAUUCAAGCUCUUCAUGUGCUCUUUACACUCUACUCAGAAUUUAAGAACUCUCAGCAUUUCCAGAGUCUAGCGGAAGAGAACAAGCUUGAUAAUGCUCUGAAAGGAGGUCCUGAAGAAGAUGAACCUGAUAGAUUAGUACUAUGAUACAUUCCAUACAUCAGGGGACUGUUUCACAAAGCAUAGAGUUUGAUUAUUUAGCUGGUUUUUACCCUUGAUCACAUUGAUCAUUAUGUGUAAAUCAACUGUAUGAUCAAUCUCAAAGCUUUGUUUUACGGACCCCAGGAGGCUGCUUCACAAUAGAUUAAGUGUGGUGAAGAGUUCACACAUCACUACAUUAGCCUAUGAGUAGAUUACACUCAAGGAGUGCACACAAAUGUGUAUUUGGAUGAUUCCUGAAAUGGGGGAGGGGGGGGGGGGGGCAGUUUGUGACCUUUUUGGUGUCACAUUUUUGUAAGAAAUUUUGAGGCCAUCAAAAUUGUCAUGAACCUAGUAAGAUCUGACUAUCAUAAAUCUAGAAUGAAUUCUCAUUUAAGAUACAUUAGUAAACAAACACAUAGGCCCGAAUUCACAAAGGUGGUUUUGGAAACCCACGGUUGAGUCCACGGUUUAUGCAGAUUUCCUGUAAAAAUUACGCUUAAUUUAGCGCGUAUCUGGCGCGUGUAUAUAAAAUGUCCAAUUCUGAUGCGCGCUUUUGUCACAGUGCGCCAAAUUGACGCCUGUUACCAUGUUUAGAUACGCUAUUUUAUUCAUUAGUCCACUGUUUUUAUUCAUGAGUCCACUCUUCAAACAGUGGACUCAUGAAUGAAAAACCACCUUUGUGAAUUCAGGCCAUACUGUUCAAUACAUGGUAGUCAACUGAUAUCAGGGGGCAGUUUCAUAAAGCUGUUCGUAAGUUGAGAGCGACUUUAAGAACGACUGGUGAUCCUUUAUUGUGGUAAAUGGUAUAUUCAUUGGCGAUGGUUACGCGUGUAAGAAAGGUUCACCAGUCGUUCGUAAAGUCGCUCAUAACUUACGAACAGCUUUAUGAAACGGCCCCCUGAUAUCAGUUGACUACCAUGUAUUGAACAGUAUGUGUUUGUUUACUAAUUAAUGUAUCUUAAAUGAGAAUUCAUUCUAGAUUUAUGAUAGUUUGGAUGGCAUAUCAUUCAAAGUUCCUUAUGCUAUCUGGACAUUAACAACUUAAUACCAAAUUUAGAUUUCCUAUCUAUCAUGUGUGCAUUGGCUUCAUCACACUUAAUCUUUGUGAUUCACAUCUACAGACAUCUGCAAGACAAGAGGUCAAGGCUGGAGGUGUUUAUAUGUAUAAAAUAUAACUUAAUGUAUUCAAAUGAAUAGUUUUGUUCUGUGUGUGUAAUAUUUUCAUUCUGUUUCAUCACUUAUAAAAGUGUAAUUAUGAAAAGUAUAAAUAAUAUGUCAAUGCAUUGACAGGCACAGUAGCUUUUAAAGUUUAUUGAUUUACCAUUGAUAACAAACUUCUACCACUUAAUUUACCCACAAGUCUAAACUUUGCAUUAAUGUCAAAUCAAAAUCUGUGAAAUGAAUUUAAACUAAGAGGCUUUCAGUACUUAUGUUUUGAUGGCAGGGCUCUGUAACACAAAGGUUUGCAAUCGCUAAAUACCAAUGACCAAUCAAGAUCAUCGUUGCAUGCACUGUUUAAAAUACUGAUCGGGAACCAAUCCGUGUGGUUCUUUCAUAUUUGCAAUUCCUCACAAUCUUUGUGUUAUGGAGUCCAGGGGCCCGUCUUACAUAGAGUUGCGAUUGAUGCGAUCAAUCGCAACUAUGGAUGGCCAGCAACGUCAACAUAUAAAUGCAUGUUUGUUCAAAAUUUUUUUUCUAGAUAUGAUGUAUACAUAUAAAUUCAUCUAUUUCUUGACAAUUUGCUGUGUUCUCCUUUGUUUACAAAGGACAUUUUGCAAAUUUCUUGUAGAAAGUUAUGACACUGUUGGAUUUCCAUAGAGUUACAAUUGAUUUGAUCAAUCGUAUCUCUUUGUAAGACGGGGCCCAGAUCUCAAAUGUAUUGCAAAUAAUACCUAUCACUCCCAUUACUUUUUCCCUUCUUGGGUAGAAUUGUCAAUGAGAGAAAGUUAUUUUGGAUGAAUAUAAACCAAAUCAAAUUAUUCAUCGGAAGAGAUGUGCGUGACUUGAAAUUGAGUAUUUGAAUAUAAAAAUGACCCAAGUCCAGUUUUGGGCGAAAUCGAGUUUGGGGAAAUUAUUCCUUAUACAAUGGCUCAUCUUUUGUAUAAAAGAUAAAUUUAAAGUCAUCUCAGAAAUGCCUUAAAUGAAGGAGGAAAAUCUGGUAUGAGUGUAAGAAAAGCCCAAGUCCAGGACAUGGGCUUUUUUUUACAUUCAUAUCAUAGCACCCUCUCAUUACUUCUACUACUUACUACAGAAGUCUAUCAUGUAUAUGAAUGUAAGAAUGACCCAAGUCCAUAUGAUUCUAAAAACGAAAAAAGUCCACCAGACAAAAGGCCCCGCCCACAAGUAACAUGAAUAUUAAUGUUCAUAAAAAAUGUACACUCAAAUUUGUUUUAUGAUGUUCUCUGAUGUCUUUUGGCCAAAUAUUCUUUAAUUGCCCAAAUUUAAAAAUAUCCAGUAUUUUUUCGCUUUUCUCGAAAUUGCCUCUUAUGGACUUGGGCCUUUGUUAUAUUCAUAUACUCAAUUAUAUUCAUUGCAUUUUUACAAUUUACUUGAUUUAUGUAAUUUAAUUAUUCUUUUUUUUUGUACCAUCCGCAUAAAAAUAUAACAUCCCAAUUGAUAUCAAUUAUCUUGUCUGUAUAAACUUUUUCAAUCAUCUUUUUUUCUGAUAAGGAAAACAAAUAUUUCUUGAAUAUGGUAAGCUCAUCUUAGAGUUGUUCUUUGAUAUGUCUUUUGUGUAUUGCUGGUCAUGACUCUUUCAUGAUUUCUUUCUGGAAUAGUGCUUGAUGUAAAAUAAAAUGUAAAUCUACCUAGAUCAAA